AAGAAAUAGUCUGAGGCGUCUCGUAUUGCCGUAAACCACUGACAGUGGUUAGUUUUUAAAUAAUAACAUCAUUGUUUGACUUGGAAAAAUGAUCUUUUUGUACCUAAUAACACUUUUGGUGGUGACAUUCGUCAUAUAUUCCAGACGAGUUCACAGCUAUUGGAAACGGAAAGGAAUUAUCCAAAUGGAAAAUCCCCACCUAAUCUUUGGUAGUUAUAAAGAAUUGUUUCGACGCCAAAUGUCUCCUCAAGAUUUCGGAAUAAAAUUGUAUAAGGAAGCUACCCGAAAAGGUUAUAGAUAUUGGGGGCUCUACCAAAUGUUUACGCCUGUAUUGUUCGUUUUCGAUUUAGAUUUAAUAAAGCGUGUUUUAAUAAAAGAUUUUGAAUAUUUCAUGGAAAGGGGCGGGUAUCAUAAUGAAAACGAACCGCUCACGGUGAACAUGGCUACCGUCGACGGUACCAAAUGGAGACCCCUACGUCAAAGGUUUUCUCCCAACUUUACUUCAGGGAAAAUGAAAAUGAUGUUCCAGACAAUGGCGGCUUGUACCAACCCACUUGUAGACAUGUUACAGGAAUACGCCGAUGAAGAGAGAACCGUUGAAAUUAAAGACGAAUUUUCUAGAUUCACUACCGAUGUUAUCGGCAACGUUGUUUUCGGAAUUGAAUGUAACUCCAUGAAGAAUCCGGACUCGGAGUUUCGUGAAUACGGAAGUCGCGCGUUCAAAAUUAGCAGCAGAAAAAGAUUUAUCCUGCAGAAACUUCCGAAUAGUCUCCUAAAUUUGUUUGGUAUUAGGCGGAUCGAUAAAGAUGUGGAGGACUUUUUUAAGAAUCUCGUGAAGAACAACAUGGAAUACCGAGAAAAGAACAACAUAUAUCGCAAGGAUUUUUUGCAAGUGAUGACGGAUUUAAAGAACCAAAUUGCUCAGAAUCCGGAUGAACCGGAAUUAACGUUGAAUGACAUAACGACCGAGUGUUUUAUGUUCUUCGCCGCCGGUUUGGAAACUUCAUCGACCGUAAGUACUUUCACUUUAUAUGAGUUGGCCGUUCACCAAGAUAUCCAAGAAAAACUUCGAAACCACAUCAAGGACGUACUGGAAAGGCACGACGAUAAGUACACAUAUGAAGCUUUCCAGGAAUUGACUUAUUUGGAUAAAUGUAUUCAUGAAUCAAUGAGAAUUCAUCCGGUAGCUACGCUACUUCCUCGUAUUUGCACUCAACGCUACAAAAUACCAGGCACUGACGUAGUUCUCGACAAAGGCGACGAAAUAAUGAUUCCCCUCGCAGGAGUGCAAUACGAUCCAAAAUAUUUUCCCGAACCCGAAAAGUAUGACCCUGAGCGAUUUAAUGAAGAAUCGAUUGCUUCCAGGCCCAGUAUUACUUUUAUACCAUUCGGCGAAGGCCCCAGGCAGUGCAUUGGUUUGAGAUUCGGCUUUCUACAGAGCAAAGUUGGAAUAGCAGCAAUCAUAAAAAAUUUUAAAGUAACGCUUAAUAAAAAGACCAUCCAUCCGUUAGAAAUCGUAGCAGAUAGUUUCAUACCAUCAGCGAAAGGUGGCGUUUGGUUAAAUUUCGAGAGAAUAUAAUCAGAAUUCGUGCUCGUAAUAGAACGAUAUUUGAAAAAUAUGAUUUUAUCUUUAUCUAAUAUUGCAAGUGUUUUAUUUAUACUUGGCUGCUGUCAAAAUUCAAGUUGUCUGGCUGUUGAUAAUUGAUUCCGCAGCAUCAUCAUCAUGAUGGGUCUGUGUUUUUAUUGGUUGCGGUGAAACAAUGUGUAACAAAAAGAGUUUGGUGUCUCAUUUUGAUUUUAACUUUCCGAAACGUGUACUCUAUCCACGGAAGAAGGUCUGCAUCGUACGGGAAAGACUUCUUCUUCAAAAAAGAUUAGAAAUUAAUUUUAGGAAAAUAUCUACGAUAAUUCCGUUUUUAAUUUCGGACAUAUGAUUGUGAUAUCAUUUUUUGUAUUUAUAAGAAAAAUUAGAGCUGUAAUUACAUUGUAAAAAAGAUCAUUAAUAACACUUUUUUUUAAUUAUCGCUUAUAAAAUCUACAAAUAAAAUGAUUUAUUUUGGCAUAUCGUGCACAUUCGCGCAUUCGCCAUUGUGUCAAGAAAAAAAUUAUG